AUGAACCCAAAAAACCCUCCUCAGAGCACCUCGCCUGCCGCUCGCUCCUCUCCGGCAAUGACAUCGGUGUCGCCUGACCUGCUGCUUUGCCAGACGUUCUACGGAACCAAAGAUCCCGUCGUCUUUGACCGCGACGCCGACACAGUUAUUCUGGUCGGAGACACCUCGCCUGGCGUCGUUGAACCUCCUCAACGCCUCUUACAGAUCCGCUCUUGCCAUUUGUUCCUCAACUCCUCAUUGUACAAGCGCCUCUUCAGCGGGAGGUGCAUCAACAACAUCCCUCGCACCGACGAUGACUUGAGGCACUUCAAGAUCACCCUUUCCGACGUCGACCCCGAGGCUCUCUUCUUGAUACUCCGCGCCUGCCACACCGGCAAAGCGUCCAUCCGCCCGUCGACGCCGGACAUCCUCGACCUCGUGUUCCGAAUUGCAAAGACGGCACACGAUUUGGAGUUCGACAUCGGCAUUGCGGAUCCAUCUUCCGACACAGCCACGCUGUCACAGGCGGCGCAAGGAUGGCUUUCGGAACAAAGGGACGAUCUUGAUGUCGACGAAGACAAUCUGGUAGUCCGAUGGAAGUUGACCAAGGCUGCUUUCUACUUCAGCCAACUGGAUAUCUUCAUGCAGCUGAGCGUUGACUUGGUCAGGCGGCUGCCGGAGCACUUCUGGGUGCGCCUCGCAGGUGACACCCACCCCAGCGUCAAUAUGCACCAACAACACCAGUUAUCAAGGGAGGAGAUGGCCAUCGUUGCCGUCCGACUUCUCUUCCUCUUCUACCACAUCCUCUACAGCAACGCACCCUUCCCACCCUUCCGUGCUCCACUCCCUACCGUCUCCCAGCUUCCAGCCAGGGACGCCCAAGCACAAGAGUCCUCGGUCUGCACUUGCCCCUGGCUUCCGCAGUACUACGAGUCUUGGACGAGAGGUCUGGAACUCCACUGUCUAGACCUAUUCACGGCAGUAUUCGGGGGAGACGAGACCCGUUGCAUAACUCUCCUCUUCAAGACCAUAGCGUGGGCACUUCGUCGUGGCGUGAUAGCUAAGCCGUGGGAUAGUUGCGAGGCGGGGGAGGAGCCUGAGUGUGGCUUGGCUGGCGGCCGACAGGGACAUGAGGAGAAGGCGAGGGAGUUGGUGAAAGAGCUGAGGAGUUGUUUGGAUGCCUGGAAGUUGGAUAUUGAGAGGGAUCCAGUUGGGGAUUCUGAUGUGGAAGACUUCGACGAUGAAGGGCCCGACAGGCACCCUGGCGCUGAGAGGUACUCUGGGGUCAGGUACAACGAGUUGGAGGGCCGUAGGGCCGAGUACCCCCGGCCCGUGUACUCGCUCCCACUUGGAAACUUCAACUUUGAGCCCCCCGACUUUCAGGACCGCGACAUUGAGGACUUCCAGCUACCAUGA